AUGGGGGCGAAGGUGAGCAAAGCCUGCGGCGCGUUGAGCGGACGCGAGGGUCCCAGCGACGACUGCGGCGAGCGGCGGCACUCGCAGCCCGGGACGGCGGCGCUGCACCAUGCGGCCACGGUGCCCGUGGCCGGCGCCGGCCGGAGGCAAGAGUCCUUGGAGUGGCUGAACGACCUGGUGGCCACGCUUUGGCCCAAGGUGGACCUGGCCGUCCAGAAGAUCGUCCAAGAGCAGGUGACUCCUCAGCUGCAGGCGAGCAUGCCGGGGCCUCUCAAAGGCACCCACUUCAAGAAGUUCACCUUGGGCACGGUGACGCCGCGCCUGGGCCCCAUCGAGCUGGUGAAGCGGGAGGACGGGCUGAAGCUGGUGCUGGGCGUGGACUACCAGUCCGACGUGGACAUCGAGAUCGCCGCCGUGGUGGCCUCCAUCGGCAUCAAGUCCAUCGCCCUGAAGGGCCAGCUGAUGAUCCACUUGGGUCCUCUCAUCGAGGAGAGCCCGGUGGUGGGAGGUAUGACGGCCUACUUCGUGGACCCCCCGGACCUGAGCCUCAAGUUCACCGGCAUCGGCCAGGUGGCCCAGUUCCCCGGCAUCGCCGGGAUGAUCCGCGGGCAGAUCAGCGCGGCCAUCAGCAACGCGGUGGUGCUGCCCAACGUGGUCGCGGUGCCGCUGGGCACCCCGGAGCAGGGCGUGGACCUGGCGCGGCUGAAGAAGCCCACGCCCCUGGCGGUGCUCAGAGCGACGGCGCUGCGGGGCAAGGAGCUGGCGGCGCUGGAUUGGAACGUCAUGAGCAAGGCCACCAGCGACCCCUACGUGGUGAUCUCUGUGGCCAACGACAAGUUUCAGAGCAGCACCAUCAAGGCCAACUGCAACCCGGAGUGGACCGCCGACAACACCCACGACUUUGUGGUGUUUGACAGCGACCAGCACGUGUGGAUCGAGGUCUUCGAUGAGGACAAGAUGAGCAGCUCGGACUUCAUCGGCAAGGCCCCGAAGCUGAAAGCCUCCUCCGCCAAGGAGCGCCAGGGCCUUCGGAGUCUGCAGCUCUCAAACCCGGACAAGCCAGAGCAGAACUGCGGCACUCUGGAGAUGGAUUUCCAGUGGCUCAGUUUGCUGCCCUUCGCUCCCGCGGAGGCGACGGGCUGCGUGGUGAGUGUGGAGGUGCGGUCGCUGACGCUGGGGCCGCUGGGGGGCAAGGGCAACGCGGGGGUGGAGAGCGCGGCGGUAAAGCUGACGCUGUGCGGCCAGGAGAAGUGCACGCCAGUCACGGCGCCCCCGGCGCCGGCGCCAUCCUCCCACUCAGUGGCCGAGACGCUGAUGGAAGUGGCCAAGCGUUGCAAGGCGAGGGGCCUGGAUCAGGAUGCGAUCGCCGAAAUCUCGGGCCUCCCCAAGGAGGAUCUGGAAAAGGCCCUGGAGGCGGGAGACGCCUCCGCCCUCGCGAGCCGCGAGCUGCCGAUCCACACGGCCUUCUACUUCUCGGUGCCCCGCACGGAGCUGGAGGCCCAGGAGCUGGCCAUCUCCGCGGCGGACAAGGAAGAGAAGGUCUUUGCCACCGCGACUUUGAAGCUGGCGGAGCUGGUGGCAGGCAAGGCCCAGCACCUGGACAAGCUGCAGCUGGCAGGAGGUGGCCAGCUGGACACAGACAUCGAGAUCUCCAUCUUCAGCUUGAGCCCACAGAAAUGA